UGUACUUUAUUCUUUUGAUUUGUUUUCUAAAAAGUGACGCAUGAAGGGCAAAAUAGAAAACUCAUCUCCUUUUCCACUGUAACUCCUGCCAAGUCAAAACGAGAAAUUUUAACUUAACGGUAGAGAAAGUAUUUUUUAAGUUGAAUCUAAAUAUUUAUAUUUUGAUCUGUAUGUAAUUUAUUCCAUUUAUCCUGGUGGAUUCUUUGGAAAAAGUCAAAGCAAUCAUCGGCCGCGCAAAUGUCGAUAGGCCAUCUCUGUUAACCAGGCGGGGCAGUAACCGGCCGGAGAAAUGCGGCAUCCGAUUGCUUUACUAGUAAUUAUGCCUCUCUUCCUUUCAGCCGCCGAUUCCGCUGGAAGCUUUGCCGGGUUUCCUAACAUACGCCUCAAGUCUGGUGUCACUGGACUCUGUUCUCACCUCAUCCAACCUGCCGGUUUCUCUUGCUCGGAGCACUCCACGGAAACUAAGGAUGGAUAUGUUCUUGGGCUACAACGGGUUGGGUCCAGCUCCGGAAUUGUCAAGGGCGAAUUGGUUCCCCCAGUUCUUCUCCUUCACGGUCUUUUUAUGGCAGGAGAUUCGUGGUUUCUGAAUUCUGUCAAUCAAUCGUUGGGCUUUAUACUUGCUGAUCAUGGAUUUGAUGUUUGGGUUGGAAAUGUGCGAGGAACUCGCUGGAGCCAUGGACAUGCAUCUCUAACUGAGAAAGAUAAGGAUUUCUGGGACUGGAGCUGGCAAGAGUUGGCUCUUUACGAUCUAGCAGAGAUGACACGCUAUGUGUAUUCAAUCACCGACUCAAAGGUUUCCAUUGUGGGGCACUCUCAGGGCACAAUAAUUUCUCUGGCCGCUUUAACCCAGCCAAAUAUAGUAGAAAUGGUUGAAGCUGCAGCACUCCUUUGCCCUAUUUCGUAUUUGGAUCAUAUAACAUCCACUUUUGUCCUUAGAAUGGUCAAGAUGAAUCUUGAUGAGGUGAUUCUUGCGUUGGGCGUUCAUGAACUUAAUUUCAAGAGUGACUUGGCCACUCGCAUCAUGGAUAUGAUGUGCGAUGGACAUGUUAACUGUGAUGACAUGUUAUCAGCUAUCACAGGGAAGGACUGCUGUUUCAACUCUUCCAGGAUUGAUCUCUAUCUUGAUUAUGAACCACACCCAUCAUCCACAAAGAACUUGAUUCAUCUUUUCCAAAUGAUCAGGAAAGGCACAUUUGCAAAGUACGAUUACGGGCGAUGGAAAAACUUGAUUCUUUAUGGCCAAAGGAACCCCCCGGAAUUCGACCUUAGUCAGAUUCCUCAAUCCCUGCCUUUGUGGGUGGGCUAUGGAGGGAAUGAUGCCUUGGCCGACGUGGCAGAUGUUGAACACACACUGAGGGAGUUGAAAGGGACGCCGGAUGUGCUGUAUCUAGGCGAUUAUGGUCACAUUGAUUUCAUUUUGAGUGUAAGGUCCAAAGAAGAUGUUUAUGACAGCAUGGUUGGGUUUCUCAAGUCAUUGCAGAAAGCAAGCAAUUUUAGCGUCAGCGAACCCUUGGUCAGAGAUCUGGCAAUGGCACAAGGCCAUAAUGUUCUCCUCCAACUCGACUCCCCCGUAAUGCAGGGAAUGGAGAAGGGAACUGCUUCCUCAUCCGGCGUCGCUUCUGGCCGGUUACGGAUGUCGAUGACGGCUGGGGCGGCAAGUGAAGGAACUGGCCCUCGAACCCUCUACAUAAUGGGGGAGCGUAUUGUCCUUCGCCGAGCUCCCUUUUUCUGCCGGCGGUUGAUCGCUGUUCUUGGCAUUGAGAACCCGCCAAGCUCCGCCAUCUACCUGCGUCGCUGCCGCUGCUCCUCUUCCACAGCCAAAGCUGAGGCAGAGAAAGAAGCCGAUACUGCAAAUAAGAAAGACAAGUGGUUCACUCUGCCUCCAUACACUUCCUCUAUAAAUGGCGCUGCUCCUUGGAAAGAGCUCGCUGGAAGGCAACCAGAUACUAAGUGCAAAAGUGCCACCACCAUGACGGCCCUGAAGUGGGUUCUGCAUUGCUGCCCUGAGUUUCCAAGGUCUCUUGUGCAAAAGCUGUUUCGAUUAAGACAGGUUCGAAGGUUAUCCUCUCCUGAUCAACAACCUCAAUGCAAGAGGGUGAAUGCUAAGGAGCCGAUGCACAUAGGGGAUCAAAUAGUUCUUCCUAUAACUGUUGAAAAGUUUCCUGCUGAAAAGAAAGUUGAGCACUUUUAUAGUGAAGAGCAAAGAGAGUUCUUUCAAAGUAUUGAAUUGUACAAGGAUCCAUCUAUUCUUGUUGUAAAUAAACCGCCUGGGAUGGCUGUUCAGGUGAUGGUGGAUAAUGGGAAAUCUGACCGUAUUACCAUAAUGGAUGAUGGCCGUGCACAAUCAGCACAAUGUGCUGUGACAGAGUAUCGAGUCAUUGAAACUUCUGAUAAGGGAUUUACAUGGUUAGAGCUAUCUCCUCUUACUGGCAGAAAGCACCAGCUGCGGGUUCACUGCGCUAAAGUACUGGGAACGCCGAUUCUUGGGGAUUAUAGAUACGGGUGGCAAGCUCAUAGGAAUUUGAAUAAGCAAUAUCUUCCCGAGCAGAAGUUGGGCCCUCUUGGCUUCAAUAUGAGGAAUGGCAGCGUGUCUGAUAGGCAGCAGCCUCCUCAUCUUCAUCUGCACUGCAGAGAGAUGGUUUUGCCCAACAUAUCUCAGGCUUUGCAACAACAUGCUUCAGAUGACACUUUCUCAGAGAGGGCUAACUACAACUUCAAGAGCAUGGACCUAUUCCAUACUACAUCGGAUGUACUACUUGCAACCGGAAAGUUGACUUCGAUGAGGGAACUACCUGUGAUUGCAUGCGGUGCGAAGACAAGGAAGCAACAACAGGAAAGAGGAGUUAAGGCCGGAAUGUUUGUAAGAGAUGCUAAAGGUCUCUGUCCUCAGCUUGUCAUUCUUUCUUAUGACUUUCAAGCAUAUGAAGAGGUCGCUGAUAAAAUUUAUGAUAUCUUGCAUAAACACUGCAAGAAAGUUCAGGUUAAAGAGUAUCUACAUGACCUUCCAGUAAAAGCCCUCCCAGGAAUUGGUCAUGUCUUGGAAGAGAAACUUAGAAAGAGACUAGUAACAACUUGUGGGCAGCUGCGGAUGAUACCCAAGGAAUCUCUUCAAAAAGAUUUUGGUCUAAAAACUGAUGUAGAGGAUAUAAGAGGAAUGGGCUUGCAAGUUACAAAACUUGAGAUGGCAUUUAAUACUAAACAAGAGGCAUGUAUAAUGCCCUCUUCUCUAAGUCAAGUAGAUACCUCAGUGUUGCAGCAGCUGCCUGAGGAGUUGAAGGUUGACAUACUCCAGAACCUUCCAGCGCAUAGGACCUGCGAGUCACCCUCACAUGCUUCCCUUAAGUAUGACAACAUUGAGAACAAUCAACUCUGGGUUGGAGAUCAACCUAAAUGGAUCGACAAAUUUAAAGCUAGUAACUGCAAGACUUUGAAUGUUUUAGCUCAUAUUUUUUGUGAAUCAAGACCAAACAACAUGUUAUCAUUAGUGCUGCAGAAGAUUAUGUGUGAGAUAUGUGUCAUUGAAGAUGUGGAUGAUACAUGGUGUAAUGCUGUGAGUUCCAUGUGUGAACUUGUCAAGCAAUAUGUUGAACUAAAAGUUGAAACAGACAUAGAAGAGGUUUAUGUCUGUGCUUGCCUUCUGAGAAGGAUUGCUUUUUUUGUAUCAGUGGUUGUCCGGAACCAUCCUGAGUUGCAGGGAAAACCUGUUGCCAUUUGCCAUUCAGAUAAUCCACGGGGAACAUCAGAAAUUUCAUCCGCAAACUAUACAGCUAGGCAAUAUGGAGUUAAGGCCGGAAUGUUUGUAAGAGAUGCUAAAGGUCUCUGUCCUCAGCUUGUCAUUCUUUCUUAUGACUUUCAAGCAUAUGAAGAGGUCGCUGAUAAAUUUUAUGAUAUCUUGCAUAAACACUGCAAGAAAGUUCAGGCGGUCAGUUGCGAUGAAGCAUUUUUAGAUGCCACUGACUCAGGGGUGGAGGACAUUCAAGCUUUUGUCCAUCUGAUCAGGAUGGAGAUUGUUGAGUCAACAGGCUGCACUGCAAGUGCUGGUAUUGCUAGAAAUAUGCUCUUGGCCCGUCUUGCUACAAGAACUACUAAACCAGAUGGACAAUGUUGUAUCCCUCCUGAAAAAGUUAAAGAGUAUCUACAUGACCUUCCAGUAAAAGCCCUCCCAGGAAUUGGUCAUGUCUUGGAAGAGAAACCUAGAAAGAGACUAGUAACAACUUGUGGGCAGCUGCGGAUGAUACCCAAGGAAUCUCUUCAAAAAGAUUUUGGUCUAAAAACUGGUAAUAUGUUAUGGAACUACAGUAGAGGGAUUGACACCCGGUUGGAAAACAAGUCAAUAGGUGCUGAUGUCAACUGGGGUGUGAGGUUCAAGGAUCUGAAAGAUGCUCAACAUUUCUUAAAGAAGCUCUGUGAUGAGGUUUCAUUGCGUUUGCAGGGAUGUGGCGUUAAGGGCCGCACUUUUACCCUUAAGGUGGCAAUGGCUACAGAUGAUGUCGAUGUGCUUUAUAGGAUAGCUUCUCAGCUCUUUGGACAUUUUCAAAUAGAUGUAGAGGAUAUAAGAGGAAUGGGCUUGCAAGUUACAAAACUUGAGAUGGCAUUUAAUACUAAACAAGUGGCAUGUAUAAUGCCCUCUUCUCUAAGUCAAGUAGAUACCUCAGUGUUGCAGCAGCUGCCUGAGGAGUUGAAGGUUGACAUACUCCAGAACCUUCCAGCGCAUAGGACCUGCGAGUCACCCUCACAUGCUUCCCUUAAACCAAACAACAUGUUAUCAUUAGUGCUGCAGAAGAUUAUGUCUGAGAUAUGUGUCAUUGAAGAUGUGGAUGAUACAUGGUGUAAUGCUGUGAGUUCCAUGUGUGAACUUGUGAAGCAAUAUGUUGAACUAAAAGUUGAAACAGACAUAGAAGAGGUUUAUGUCUGUGCUUGCCUUCUGAGAAGGUUGACUGCAACGUCAAAAGUUUUCUGUGAAGUUUACAACAGCCUGCUUCCUUACCUUCAGGCACGUGUUAGCGAAACUGAGCUGAUAAGAGUGCUUGGAACCGAGACAGGCGACUUUGGGCUAGACAACGAACAAUUCUCCGGUGUGCUAACAGAUUCACACCCAUUCUGUACUGAUAGAAUUGUGGAUUGGGUAUGGAUAACUGGAUUGGGAAGUGUUGCUGCUAGGCUGUGGUACUGUGCAUUCUGUGCUCCAGGGGAUCGAUCAGCCAUACUUGCUUGGUUGUGUAUAGAUGUUGAGAAUCGUGACAAUAACUUCUGGUUUGUUCUCACUUCCAAGCUUCUCUAUCUCAAACACCCUCUCAAAGAACUCAAUAGGGCUAAGUUUGGGCAUAUCUCCAAUAGGGUUUCCUUGGCCAAGGAGGAGUACAAAGCUUUAGUAAAAAGGCUUAUGGAUGACCCAAAUAACCAGGAUUUGGUUCGUUUGGUCAAUGAACGAAGAAGGCAGACCAAUUUCCUUUUGGAGGUAGAGAUGGACUUCUAUAAGCAGAAGGUUAAAUGUGAUUUCCUCACUAAAGGGGAUAGAUGCACGAAGUAUUUUUACUCGGUGGUGAAGAAGAAGAGGGGUGCCAACGCCAUUCCUUACCUGGUACGUGCUGAUGGUUCUAAAACCACCUCUCAAACCGAGGUUGCUGAUUCCUUCGUUGAGUUUUUCACCGGGCUGAUUGGCAUGGACAGUGAUGUUGAACCCAUUCUCCCUGACAUCCUGGCCUCUGGUCCCUUGGUUCCAGCCAGUUCCUGGGACAAUCUUUUGGCACCUGUCACCCCAGCCGAGGUCAAGGAUACCUUGUUUAAUGGCAGGUGCGUGUGGACCUGGAGUCCUAAGAAAAGAGACUCUUGCCUUUUCAAAAAACUGGCGGAGAUUAGAAGUUUGCUUCUCACAAAGCUUGGUGAACCCUUGGCUCCAGAAACUGCCCUUCAACCCUUCUGUGUGAACUGUAAGCUUCUAUCGGGGAAAAUUUAUGAUUUGUUUAGGGUUCAUGCCAACCCGAAGCCGUGGAUGGGAUUCAUAUGGCAGCCUUACAUUCCACCAAAAUGUUCAUUCACUCUAUGGCUUGCUUUCCGUAGACGACUCCCUACAAAGGUUAAUCUUGAAUUCCUUGAUGAGGGCAUUUCAAGAGUAUGUUCCCUUUGUUGUGUCGGCUUGGAAACCACAAGCCAUCUGUACUUUGAGUGCACUGUCACUGGACAGAUUUGGAGAUAUAUUCGUGCUUGGAUGGGUGUUGUAGCUCAGCUGACCACUUUGGACAGAGCCCUCCGCUGGUUACGCACAUAUAGAAAGGGAGACUGUUACAGACCAAACGGAAGAACUCAACCCAAAAGACUAGUCUGAUAGGUGAGGGAACCCAUUUGGCCUAUAAACCCCACAUCAAUUGCCCAUACAACCAAUGUGGGAUAAGUCCCAUACCUUGCAAUGGGUUCAGUCCAUAACAUUCGUCCCUCCUUAAGGACCAACGUCCUCGUUGGUCACGGCUCUCUCCAGGCCACCACUCCGUGGGCCACCACUCCGAGGUUGGCGCUGAUACCAUUGUUACAGAACAAACGGAAGAACUCAACCCAAAAGACUAGUCUGAUAGGUGAGGGA